ACAAUUUAUCUUAAAGGCUUUUAAAAAUGAGGUUAUGACAAAAAUAGGAUUUCUUAUCAGACGUACAUAUAAUUUCUGGCAUUUAUAUUAAAAAUGGAUCGCUACAUUCAGAUAGUUCUAUUAUUUGAGAUUUUAUUUAAAGUUUCGGCAGCCUUGGACUGUCCAUCUGGUUGGAUGAGCCAUGAUACUAGUUGCUACCAUUUUAGCCACGACCUAGAAUCAUGGAUAAAUGCUCAGAUGAUAUGUCAAGGUUUUGGAGGCAACCUCGCUGAAAUUGAAAAUGAGAAGGAGAACAGUUUCCUUGCCAACGAAGUAAAGCUGCUGAAAGGAAGUUACUGGGUAGGUGGCAAUGAUCUGGCAAACGAAGGUGAGUGGAAAUGGUGGCAUUCUAAUGAGGAUUUCAGUUACACAGACUGGUUACCAGGGGAACCAAAUAACUAUGGAAGCAAAGAAAAUUGUGUUGAUUUCAGAACUGUUGGUACGACCUCACACCAGUCUACCGGAUGGUGGGAUGAUCAGUGUCAGAAAUCAAAACUUUACAUCUGUGAAAAAACUGGGGCAAUAAGCGAAAUCAUUGGCUGAACUAACUGCCGCACAAUCUGAAAUUUGUGAGGCAUUUGUACAAUUUUUUGUGAUUAAAGAUUAAAAGGGAAGAAAAU